GCAUUUUGUCUCUUGUUUAACCUGUUUCUCACCUUUCCAUAGUGAAGGAUAAUGACAUAAUUGUAAAUGUUGACAUACGGUCCAGUUUAUUUUAUGGUGUCAAAUGUACAUUAGUUAUUGUAUAUGUUUUUUAGUUACUUAGUUAAUGAAUUGCAAACACACUAAGAACUAAAGCAGAAGACUACAUUCGAAAAUAUUCCCCCCCAUUUCUUCCUUUUGUCUCCUUUCCUUCAUCUUACCUUUUUUUCCUUCUUUGUAUCCAACUCUUUUGAAAACCCUUCCAUAUCAUCUCCUCGCAGUUACUGUGCUAACUGGUGGCCACGGAGACUAUGUGGCAAGAAACAUAGCCUCAGUGUAGUCCUGCAUUAGUGAUUCGCUUGUCUUUUUAAUGGCCAGACGUUACUCACACGACCACACUGUCUCUGUCUCAGGAAAUAGAGAUCUUGCACACAACACCUUGAAUUUUUGCCCUGGAGAAAUGCUGCUCUGCACAAUUUUAAGUUUCCGAUAUAACAUCUUCCACACUGUCCCGUAUGCAUGGAAAGCCCUCCCCGGACUGGUUCAUAUGGCCACUACCUUCUCCUUGAAAUCUCUCCUUAAGAUCCACAUCCCCCGUGAUCCCUAUUGAGUUAUCAUCUAAGUGCUGAUGGUUAGGUGGAGGGACAGGUAGAAAUAGUUACGCUGUUCUGGUAGUUUUUAAAAGUGUAACUGUAUAUAUAUGUAUACAAAUUUUGUUUGUGUUUAGCUGCAUUUUUUCCAUACCCUUGUAUGUCAUUUUGCUUCCUUAGAUUGUAAGCUCCCUUGAGCAGGGCCUGUGUCGCUGUGCCUGUUUUCGUGGCGGAUGAGCCACAAACCCCGCUGGGCCCUGGCUGAGAGCCAGCGGGACGCUUACGUCCUGCUCCUAGAAGAAGUUGAGUGUCACUGAAAGGGAAGCCAGGUUGCAGGCAGUGGCUUCGCUCAGCAGUGAAGUUUUUGGUUGCAUCUUUUUAGUGUAAAACAGGACCAAUUUGUUAUUUUCUCCUCUCUAUUUUUCUGUUCUUUCCUGACCUCAUUUCAGGUCACUAACAGAGGUUCCAGCUAGUGAUAUUUUCUCUCCAUUUGGAGACCAUGACAGAGUAAACCCCAUUGCUUCUCAUAUUCUUCUGAAAAAUAUGUUUUGGCAGCAUAUCAAAAGUGUUUACAUUGUUAUUGUAGUUUUCUGUUAACCAAAAAGAGAGUUUUCUGGGUUAGAGGUGAGAGAGGCAUUAUGAGGAAAAUACGUGUUUUGCGGUUUCGUUUGGCUGGUUUUGCUGCUUGUCUUCUGGGGGGCAGCUCCUGGUUGGGCGGGAGGGUAGGAGAAGGGAAGAGCAUAGGCUCGCAUUUGUCUGUUCAGGAUAGAAGAUAUAACAUGCUAUUUGUGUCUAAAUAGUGCAGAUAGGCAGUGAAAUCUUUAGGUCACAGAACAUUCACAGCAGUAUGACUUGGGCAGCGUUAGGACUUUAUUGUAGUUUCAUAGCACAAAUUACUAAAAUGUAGACUGUACUUCAUCUGUGCCACUGACUUUUUCUGGUUACUGCAGUUGCCUGUCUCAGAGGGAGAGCAUCCAACUUCAGAAUGCAUGCUUGGAGGGGAUGUGUUUUUAGUAGUAAAGCUACUUUCUGGCUUUUGCGGGGUGUUGGGGUGGGGGGGAGAGGCCUUUUUUUUUCUUCUUCUUCUUCUUUUGUGACUUGCAGGUUUUCAAGAAUGAGUGAGCUGUAGCAACACAAACUAACCAUUAGUUGUUGCACCAAUUUUUUUGAGACAGCACCUACAACAUAAUACUAGGUAAUGUGUAGUUAUCCCAUUAAUACUAAAGAAUAAUCAAAAUAUUCAUGCAGCAAAUUAAAGUGAAGAUUUGAAAAUACUCUAAAAAUAAGACAUUAAAAUGCAUGAAACUCCUGAUGCAUUUGUUUCAGUCAUAAUUUUCAUCAUCACUAUAGAAAACAACUAUCAUUAGAGUUUCAAAAUUAAUAUUUUAAAAUAAUAAUUUUAACUCGGGUCUUAUAAAGUUUAUGUGGCUUGUGAAAAUCUUGUGUUUGAAGGGUUUUUCCUUUGGUUUUUAUUUUAACUUGUUUAUGGAUAAUUUUGUGUGAAUGGACAACUUUAUAAUGAUAUGAUUCUUAAGGAAGAGAUCCAUAAACAGAUCUGUAAACGUCUAGAUGCAAGAUUCAAAAGGUUCAUGCUCCCAAGCUUUUACUGCCAGGAAGUGGGUUUGAUUUAUUGAGCAAUUUGGGAUUUUCAGUGAAUCUGGAGAAAUCAGUGCUGGGUUAAUACUGUGGACAAGUAUGAAAAGCUUAAGUGGACAAAGUGCUUAACUUAAAAAAAAGCUAAGGUAAAAAUUUUAUUAAGACCUUUUAAGAUGUUAAAAGAAAUAUCAGUUCUGAGCUGUGGGGUUUUUUUUGUUUGUUUUUAAAUUUGGUAUGGUAUUCAAAGUAAAAUAAUCCCAGUAUUUGUGUUGAUACUUACCUUCAGGUUUUGAUGUGGGCAAAAGUAUCAAAUAUAGAUGUAGGAUUUUCCCCUGCUUUGCAUACUCUGGAUGUUAGUACCACCUCUCAGAUGCAGAAUAACUGUGAAAUCAUCGACACAGAAUAUUGUUACCUGGCAUCAAGUUUUAGCAGCAGUUUAAAAGAAAAAUAUCAGUUGAUGGCAUUCAAAAGAAAUAUUAUUAGCUCUGUCUCCAGUAAGCAUUCACACUUCAUCCCAUUUCUGUUGUCCAUUGUUUCAAAGGUGGCACUUUCUAAUGGCAUCUGAAACAAUGAAAUUGCAGAGCAAAUACAUAUAAAUGAAUGCCAAACAGUGGUCUAGCUUAAAGUGUUACAUUGUAUUUGAAGAAACCACUCACAGAGACGUCUGGGUUCAAAAGUCAUUUUUGUAUUUCAAUAUGGUGGAGUUGAUGAUGGAGAUUUGUCUGCAGGAAAAAAUGGAAGUACCAUCAAAGCAACUCUUACAGCACGCGCAACUUCGACUCCUUUGAUAGUUUCCAGUAUUGUAUAUAGGAAGAAGGUUUUCUGAUCUUCACCAGACACUGUAUUUUAGAAGAUGAGAGCAAAAGGCAUCAGGCUUAAUGAAGAAUUCUUGAAGGGUGUCCUUGUAAGUAAUUGAUUUGCAUUACAUAUUUGAAAUUCUAAUGAGAUAGCAAUGUAGUAAUAAGAUAAAGGUUGUCAUCAAGUUGUCAUUUUCACAACAUGAAGCAGUGACUCUGGGAUGAGUUUUGAUUAUGUGUGUGACAAAAUAUGGGCCCCAUAUUUGUGUUGAUGUAGCAAGGUACAGGUUUUAUGACUUGCAGUCUAAGUGUGGGGAGCUCUCACCGGUGUAAGAAGGUAUAGGAUAUGGACCACGCCUAUGACAUAUGUGCUUUUAAAACACAUUCAAACAGAGAAGUAUUGAAAGUUAGCAUGUUUCAAGGAGAAAAAUGCUAACCCUAUGUUUUCCACUGAAAAAAAAUUGGCACCUACCUGGAGAUGGGCUGAUUUUUAGCAACUUUGGGCAUAGAUUCUUAAAUUAACGGGUAACUCUCAGUAUUGAACACUUCUUCAAACCAGAGUUUGUAUUGCUCAAGAAGAGCAGCUUUAACUGACAUUCAGAAAACCCUGGGAAUCCUGAGCAGAAGGCAGUUGAGGCUCUAUGUGGGUAUUCUCCUCAUUUACACUAGUAUUAUUCUGAGUUUAGCAGAUUAUUCUCAAGUACGAAGUGCCCUUUCAUGAUACUUGUUUUUCUUUACUACAGGACAGUAAUUGAAAAGGUUUUCAAAGGCCUUUCCACGCCAGUCAAACAAGACAAUGGUAUAAAAGAAGUUGGAAAAGGAAUUGUAAGUGUUAAGGGAAACGUGGUUUUGUAGCAUUUGGAGCCAGAUGAAUGAAAUACGUUGGCAUAUGUGAGUGUCACUGGUUAUACUCAGAUAUUAAUUGAAUAUCAAACAACAUAUUGAAAAUCAUGAGUGCUUGAGGAACAGUAAAAAUUGCAUGUUUUCCCCAACGUGGUACAAUUAGGUCAAUGGAAGACUUUUCAACACUUUUAAUGUGUUCUCUCUCUUUUUCAGGAGCCAGGGAGAUGAAGGUCUUAUCUCCCUCAUCUCAAAACUCCCUUUGCUGCUAUUUCUCUUUUUUCUUUUCCUUCAGAUGUUCAUAUAUCCAUGUUAAUUAACUUCUUACAUAAUUAAAAAUAAAUGUUUUUAGAUAAUUCAUUAUAGUUUGCUUGUUUUUUCCCCUCGGUGUGAAGUGUGAGAGUAAGUGUCAGAACAGCGAAGGUUGCAAGUGUCCUAGGUCAUUCCCCUCUUCUUUUUGGUUUGUUUUGGUCGAUUGUGCUUCUUUUGUGACUAGGCCCAAUUUUCAAAUGCUGUCUCUUAAACAGAACAUCAAACUGCCACUUAAAUUCCACCUGGCUUGCAGGAUAGGAGUGGGUAUUGACUAUAUUCUCUGCUUUGUUUUUGUUCUUAAACAGAAACCAGUGUUAAACAAUGACCAUUCCUCUUUCAAGGUAGGCUGAAUUGUAAGGCUUCAGGAUUGCAGGUGCAUUUUAAAUACCUGUAUAAUUAUUUCAUAAUUGAACGUACUGUUAAAGAGCUGGUACUUGAAAAUUGCAUCUGAAGCAAGAAUUUGAACAUGCCGGUUUUCUGCCUUCCUUAAAAUUAUCUUUUGAUGGUGUGAUUAUAAUAUGUAAAUGUCACUUAUAUGUACUGAUGUGAAGAUAUUUUCAACCCUAGAAACACAAAUAAGACUUUCUUAUGAGAAAGUUUUGAUUCUUCCUUAUUGUGAAUACAUACAAGUCAUUCUUAUAAAUCAUGUAAUGAUAUUUAUAGAUAUUAGAUGUUAAAUGCUUAAUUUGUCACUAAACAGCUUUUAUGUUUUACCGAUUUAUUUUAUGUAUUUUUCCCUUUUUUGGAUUUUAGUGCGCUUUGUAUAGUUUACAAUGACCCAGGCAAUACACACGUAUUUUUACUAAAUUUUUAUGAAAGGAAGGUGUUUCAAAUGGCUUAUGUUUUUGACUGUAUUGGAAAGCACUUUUGUUAUUUCCUCCUUAUGCUAAUUGCUAAAGUAAUAAUCUCUGCCUGUUGUUUGCAAGGAUGGUAGUAAAUACAUGAUUUUGGCACUGUGACUUAAGCACAAUCCUGCAAACUGCUCAUUUGGGGUUGGGCUCCUGGAACAAGUUAAUUCCAGAUUAAGAUGUGCUCAUGGUGGCAGAUUUGUGAGGAUUAGCCUAAUUUUGUAAAUGAAAACUCAAAAUCAUUCUAUUUCUGUGUAUUUUAACUAUAAUAUUUACAUGAUGUUAUUGUAGGCUCAACUUGUUGUUUCUUACCUCUAAAUAUGAUCAUAAACAACAAAUAUGAAUUUAAAUCUUAACCUUUAAAAUUCUUACUCUGAAACAAUGCUUUAGCUAAGUUUAAUUUUUAAAUUAUUAGCAGUAUUAGACCUAGUUAUACCUUACCUACUUUUGAUCUUUGAAUAAUUUUUGUAUGUCUAUUCAUGUUUGACUAGCUAACGAAAGCAUUAGUUUUCAGUAGGCAUAACUAAUGUAACAAAGAUCCCUCUUUAACCAUCUACAAAUCAGUCACCUGUUUUUCCCCAAGAUCCUAGAGAUCUAUUCAUUGAGCAGAAUUGCUUCUAUCACAAGCAACACCAUCAUAUGAACUUCUGUAUUCUCAUCAAGCUUUCUUUUGAAAUCGGUUAGUUUUUUUCUUUCUAUUACCCCCUCCCACUGCCGUUGGAAAGCUGUCCUAGAAUUUUGAAAACUUCAUCCAGAUUCCCAUACCUACUGUUUGCCCAAAUUGCCCUUUAAAAUAGCUCCCCCCACACACACACAUUCACCCUGAGGUAUAUUUAUCAAGUUUCUUCCCAGCCAUCCUUUCACAAACUAAGCAGGGCAAGGUCUUUUGCCUCUGUAUGGAAAGUGACAAAAAUCCAAAAGGAGUACAAUGGAAAUAAGUCCGCCCACUUCUGCUAGGUGCUUACUUUCAUUCACUCAUGCAAAUUUGUAAAGAGCAAUAUCAAUUAUACUCAAAUUAGUUUCUGAUCUUUAUGCUAGAAACAAUCCACCUAUACAUAAAAUAAAAAAAAAUUCUUAAGACAGAAGCAGCGUCAAAGCCAUAUUUUUAUGUAGUUUUAAUAAAUCUCUAUGCAUAAUCACACAUAAAUACUACCCCUGUAAUUUUAGUAUUGCUUAUCUAACUGAUUUUUGCAGAUUAUUGACAAGCACAAAUUAUACCAGCAAAUGAAAGAACUUAAACUAAACUUGCAAACUGAUACUAGGGCAGGUGAUGAAACAAAGCACGUGCAUAUGCAGCAUCUAACAUUGAGGGCUAAGUUCCCAGACCUUUUGGCAGCAAGGAAGGAUGAAUGUACUGUGUUCCCAUCACUUUUCAAAAGGAAAAAUACAUGUGCCAAAUAUUUGACUGUGAUUGACUGCAGAUGCUAGACAAGGUGGGUGAUACUACAGCAUAUAGGUGCAAUUGGCAUUGUAUUAAGUUUUGCAUAACUGAUUGUGCCUGGUACAGUUUCUGUCUGUAUCUAUCUUAGGUAUUUACAAGGCAUCUAUCACCUUGGUACCUAAGCAGUUUGAAAAAUGCACCCACCACAGGAGGCAUGAUGCAGAUACAGGCAGAGGCCCAGGUCCAGAGCAGCAGAGGCAGGUCCCAGGAAGCUCCCCAACUGUGGUACCGCUGUUGUUGAGCUCCUGGCCCAUUUGUUGUGGCCAAGGAACAACUCCACCUACCUGUCAGCAGGAAGACGUUACCCCACCCCUCAAGUCCAGCUCCACUGGUGGGCAAUCUGAAAAGGAAAGAUAAUGGAAAAGGCAACGAUCCAGUAGCAGAGGUGAAACAGAAAUGGUGGGAUUUCAAAAGGAGGGAUUCUUAAAGAGCAGCACAUCUCAGGGGAGGGAUCAACUGCCAGUCCAAGUGGCAGAUGUCACUGGGGAACAAGAUGGGGAGGUUCCUGGAUCCUCGGGGCAAGCCGGCCAUCACAGAGGGAGCUCGCCGUCCACGCCGGCAGAAGAACAGGAAUCCUCGGUGCCCGCCUCUGACGAAGACUCGCCAGCCAGGACCACAGAGAGCUGGCAGUGGCCAUUGUCCUCGUCUGAAACGCACAGCAACGUUGGGGAAGAUUUUGAGGGAUUUCAAACACCAGCGCGGACUCCGGAGUGUACCAUGGACAUACAGUCUCCUGGGGAUCAGUCACUCAGUAGGACUCCUCAGUUUGAAAGUGACUCUCCUGAGGAGGAGGAGGGAAAUGAUGAAAUGAAUGAAGAGCACCGCGGUGUUGAGCCUGUCCCUAGGGAUCGGGGUUGGAGAGGGCAGCCCCAGCUAACAGAGGGAGAGAAGCUGUUGAUGGAAACCAACAGUAGGAUUGUGCAGCUGCUGGAAAAUAUCAAGAGGGAGCAUGCACAGUCCAUGGGUCUCAUGUCGCAGUCCAUGGGCCGUAUGGAGCUGCAGCUCGGCAUUGUGGCUACCUCCACAAGAGCCAUCCAUAACUACCUGUCAGAGAUUUUAGCUUUCCUCAAACAGCCAAGGACACAGGUCCUUGAGACACGUAUCUCCCAAAGAGCCACUCCCCAUGUCGAGUUAACCUGUGCCUCGACAUGGACUGGUGAGGAUGCAGUGGCAGCCUCCACUGUGUGCUUACCAGGGGGUGAAGGGACUAGCGACUCUCGAGAACCACCGCAGGCCACUCUGCCUUGUCGCAGUGGCCGGCUGCAGAGAGCCAUAACUGAGAGGGCCUCAUUGCCCAUGCCUACACGCCAGGCAAAAGGGGGAGGGAAGAAAAAAUAACCACACCAUAGGAUUUUUAGUUUUUUUUUUUUUUUUUUUUUAAUGUGCCUGUCCUUUUAAUUCUUAGCCAUAAGGCCAUCACUGGCAGAUUUCAACCAUUUCCACGUUGGCUAACAUUGUAUUCUGGCUGACUAGAUUAGUCUAACAUUUUGUAGUUUAUAUUUGCACUGUUAACAAUGUGUGCUGCUGGUAUUUGAAGAACAUUUGCCUCUGUUCUUUAACUUCAUAAGAGCAUUUUUUUACUCUGUGCCAGGCCUUCAUUGCUUUUCUUACAAAUACAAGUCAUUUCUUGAGGCAGCUGUUUUUUGAGUUUUCUUUCUCCAUUAUCCCAUCCCCUCUGAGCAAGCAUUCUGGACUUGGUGGUAAGUAUACAGGUCUUGGCAAUACUCGCCUCCAAAACUGUGUUCGAUCAGUCUUUGCCUGGUGUUUCUGGCAUGCCAGCCUGAGGUGUUGGGGUUAGCCUGUACCGGACCAUGAUCAUUCUUACCCUCUGUGGGUCUCACCAGCUCACUUUCUAAGACCCUUGGUGGAGCUAAUCCACAUGUCUUGGCUAUGUCGUAUAAUCAGUAAUGUUGCCAGGAUCAUAUCUCAUAUAUAACUUUGGGGGCCUGUAUAGUAACGUGCCACCAGAUCUAUCUAGGCACCUGACUCUCAUUUUCAAAGUUCCUUUUAUGAUGGAUCUGGUGGUUUGAUGGGCAGCAUUAUAAUUUUUCCUCUGAGAGAGUCUGGGGAUUGGAAAUAGGAGUCACUAAGCAAUGUAUUUUAUGGGGAUAAGAACCACUCCUGCAACAAAUCUGUUACGAGGAGACUGUCCCCUAUAAUUAUCAGAUAUUAAUUACUUCAGCAAAAAAAAAGAAAAAAAAAAAAGCAACUUACCUAGCAGCCAGACCUCUGGAGAAUGUAAAAGUCAUGACAUGCUGUUGGGUACUCUGCUACUAUGUCUGUGAUUAAGAGCUUUUCAUCAGAGAUGACCUACAUGUUGAAAAAAUGCAACUACUUUCUGUGCCUUUAGGCCAUCUCAUUUCCUGAGGGCUGGCACCCUGAGCAGAACUUGGGUGCAAUUGGUAACCCACAGGACAGAUGGAAGUGCACUUUGCAAUAAAUUAUUUUAUAUCUAUUGGUGCUGCCUCUCUCGGGGGAAUUUAAUAUAGUGGCACUCAAAUUGCUGUAUGCAUGCAGAGGCAUCAGACUGGCUUAUACAUGUGGUAUCCCUGACAGUUCUCUGAAAGGACGCUGUUACCAGGAGCCCCUUGAGUGGUGGUAACUACUUAUCACAGGUGUAGCAUGGCUCCUGUGUUUGACUCUCAACGUCCCUUUGUAACUUUUCGUAAAGGUUCAGAAGAGUUUGUAUGGCAAAACAGUAAUGAAUUCCUCCUCUGGCAAAUCUUAGCAAAUAAUUGUAGGCCUAAAAAUCCUCUUCUAUGAUUACAGUUGAGCUGCGCUCUCUCUCUCGCUCGCUCUCCAGUGAGCCAUGUAGCCUCUUCUUCCCUGUCUUUCUCUGAGACUGGAGUUAAUCAAAAUAAAGCAGAUAACAUUUUGUUAUUCUACUAGUCAGCCACAAAUUGCUCCCGUAUAAGUGUGUGUGCGUGUGUGCUUGUGGCUGUACUUUGCUAAAUGACCAGUUUAACAUGAAAUGCAGCUGGUAUGGCCAACCGCCAGUGUAGGCUCUUCCCCGUACAGGGCAUUUCUUCCCUACCACCUACAUCCAGCUGCGUCCUCUUGAAGAAUGUCAUUGGAGGCGUGCUGCUUUGGCCACUGUCAAUACACCUCAGACCAGGUGCAAAAUUUUUGCACCCUUUCUGUGGCUUUUUUCUCUCUCUUUUGUUAAAGCUGUUUGUAAAGGUAUCCUCAGAGAAUUUCCAAUACAAGCUUGUGAGAUUCCCCUCUCACUGGUACAAGAAACCUAUGCUGCAAAAUAUUUAAGAUCACAAGAAGGUUGGGGGAGAAGUCCAUUAGCAAGGCUGACAAAUUAUUCCAGCAUGUGCCGCCUUCUGAACAUGUGUUUCUGGUGCAUACAUGGGUUGCACACUGGUACUGUGGAUAUGAACAGCCUAGUUAAAGGCAAAGGCAAGUGAAAGUUUGUCCCAAUAUGCUUACGCCUUAUUUCUUUGGGAUGAGUUUGAAUGAAGCUAAAUACAAGUCAGCCAGUUAAUUUUCUUGGCCUAAUUAGCACAUGUAUGAUAACACAAUGAGAAUGUUUUUAUUUUACAUAGUGCUUUCACUUCAAAAGUGUGGUGCAGUUGUGGCCAGAUACUAAGAUUUUGAUGUAUUCCGCAGGACCCGCCAUGUAGCUGCUGCCAUUUAGGAUAAAUCUUACUCCACAGAGUGGCCGCUUUGGUAGCUUCAAAUUUUUUUGUUGCAGUUUUAGAAAGCCACCCUCCAGCCUACCUUUGCAUUCUGAUCAAAGACAGUAGAGCAGAGGAACAAGCUGUGCAGAUGUAGCAGUGCUGCCGUUGGAAAUAAUAUGCAAGGAACCCCUAAAGCGUUUCCUGCGAAACACCUUAAGCUUUUAACCUGAUCUCCUCUCCCAUUUCGAAGUGCUUUAGCUAGAUUUGGAAAGGCACAAAGCACCACUUGAAUGAGAGCAGCUAUAGGGUAAGAAGGACUGAGAACCUGUCUACAGACCAGAAACCUGCAAUAAACUCGUGCAGAAUGAAAGCUUUCCCAAGUGGAGAUAGCAGAUGAUAUUGGUACCAACUGAUAUUUUGGUCAGAUCCAAAAUUAGGAUCUGACUUCUAGUAUUGUCAAGCAAAAUCAGUGCAGUUGGAGGGUGUGUGUGUUUCAUCCCCUGAACAAAUAUCUUCAUGCUUUUCAAGUGUCUGUCAUAGCCUCAUCACUCUUUCCCUGUAGCUUUUUGUUGUCUGAAUGGGUGUAUGGUUACAUGUGUCUGUUAAAAAUAAAGGGGAUCAGUUCUUAAAUGGUAUAUUUAUAUUUCUUAUUUACAGAUUUUGAGUACCUAGUGCUUCAGUUUCCCAAGCUUCCUUCUCUCUGUAUCCCAAAGACCAGUUGUUUGGUCUUCUGGGAUGAUAAAAAGGGUUGGAGAGACUUAACGUGAAAUCUCUGCACCCUUGAAGCUCCUGGUGAUAGAUUCCCCUGAGUAUGAUUCUACAGUCUAGCCAUAUUUUUGCUGUAUAGUUCAAAUGUUUAUGGUUACACCAUUGUUUUCUGAUGCCUUUUGCUGAGCAGAAGUGCAGAUAUUUUUCUUUUAGAAGUUCACAGUUUGUAUUACAAAGUCUUAUGAAAUGUGAUUUGAAGUGUUUUAUUUUUGAAUACAUGUGAUGGUUUUAAGAUUUUUUUUUUUCCUUUUCUCCUUCCACUGGAUGAUUUAAAACACACAAAAAUAAAGUAGACCAAUGAAAAUA